AACCCUGAAAGUGCUUUCCGGACGACGAUGUGUGUUGAGAGUUUAUUUUGUUUUGUACCCCAUGCCUUAAAACGUGAUUUUUUCCUUCCCUCUCUCUCUCUCGCUUUUGCAGUCGUUUAACAACUUGUAUUCCCCAGCUCUGUCUCUGAUGUUCCUCCCCUCUGUUAACUUUCCCUUGGUUCGCUUCUCACUCUCGAAGAAUAGUUUCUCCAGCUUUUAAUCUCUCUCUGAUAUUUUGUGUGUAAUUCUACAAUUUCUGAUCCCCCUCUCUCUCUCUCUCCCGGCUUCCUUUCUUAACUUUUCUGAUCUUCCGCUCCAUCUAUUCUUCGUGUUUUUUUUUUGGCGGUAAAUGCCCAAUCCCCCUUCUCUCUGUCCCCUAUAUUUCCUCUUUACUGUAAUGUUUUGUAUUAGGCAUUAAAUUGAGUAGUUGGUUAUUGAGAUGGGGAGGCCUCCACAUAAUGGAGCUCCAGCCUUCCGGUUCACUGCUCCUGAGGAAUGAAGAGAAUAAGAAGUGUUGGGGGAUGGUUAUUUAGUUAUUCAGGGGAAAAGUGGAAUUUUUAUGAUUCAUAGAUGCAUAUGUUUCUCUCUGAUUGAAGAGGAGAAGAGGAUAUAAAGAGUUUAGUUUGGUUAUUAACUGAUAAGGGAGCAAGUCAAUUUCUAUGAUUCCCUCUAUGAUUCAUUUGUGUUGAGUGGAUCUUCUUUCGAAGCUCUCUCUCUGUGAAUAUGAAGAAAAACAUAUAAUUUUGAGUGUGGGUAUUAUGAUUCAUUAAUGGUAAUGUGAUUUUCUAUUAUUGAGUUAAAUUCUAACAGGUCCAAUAAGGGAUGCAGGAUUACCCACUUCUGGUGAUAAGGUGAGGUUGGGUUCUUAUGGAGUUCAUGAUUUUGAUACUUUGAUUAAUGGCAAUUAAUGGGGUUCAGGGUUUUGAGAAUAACAAGCUGGAACCAGAGUCUACAGGAAGUGAAUAUUUUGUAAAACCCUAGAACGGGCAUGGACACACUCCCAUGGUCCACUCAUACUCAACAAAAACAAUUCAUACACCAUAGUGACCUUGGAUCACGUUUGAGAAGGGGGGAUUGGGCUUGGGGCUCAAAGAAAAAAACACAACUUAUGUAGCUCAAGAUAUCUAUUUCUUAAGAAGUUUGUGUCAUGAGCACAUUGCUUUGAAUUUGUCAGUUUUGAAAGAAUUUUUAUUAAUUCCUAUGGUCUUUGAGGUCCAUUAAUGGACUCUUAACUUCCUCUUUUUCAAGGAGAUGAUUUACAAAUAGCGUCAUCAAGAUUCAAUUGGAAGGCUUUGGAAACCAAAAUAUAUAUAUUUGAUCCAUGCAAUGAAACCCAAAAUGUGAACAGGACAGCUACAUGGGAUGCUCAGAUGGCCACUUGAAGUGGUGUGGAAGAGAUUGAAAUGGAUAUGUUGUUGGAGUUAGCACAGUGUCUUCCCAUGGGAUUGCUGCAUCUUGUGGUUUGCAUGUGGAAAUUGAUUGCCUACUAUUGAUCAUCCUCAAUACUGAGUUUCAUCGCUCAUAUGUAUGUGCUUUGCAAGUUUAGGGAGAGGAACGGCUACCUACAUUUCCUUUUUCUUUGUUUUGGAGAUGGAAGCUUGUUUGCGCGAAGUAAAUAAUGGGAUACCUGCUCGUGAGGUUAUAUGUGCUCUUGCUGAGAAAUUCAGUGCAUCACCGGAUCGAACUGGAAAAGUGACUGUGAAUCCAAAGCAGGUGUGGAAUUGGUUCCAGAACAGGCGAUAUGCACAACGGACAAGAUUAAUUAAGGCUCCUGGAAAACUUAGUGUGUCACCUCUGCCACGGGGGGAGGAAGCAGCGGCAGCGAGAAAUGUGUCAAACUCUGCACCUGUGACUUCAGGAAGACAUGCCCAAGAUGGUCCACAAUUGGAGUUUGAAGCUAGAUCAGCCAGGGAUGGGGCAUGGUAUGAUGUUGCAGCUUUUAUUUCUCAUAGAAUGUUUGAGACCAAUGAUCCGGAAGUACGGGUGCGAUUCUCGGGUUUUGGUUCAGAAGAGGAUGAAUGGGUUAAUGUGAAGAAGUGUGUUAGAUUGCGUUCUCUUCCAUGUGAAACUGCGGAAUGUGUUGUUGUGCUUCCAGGGGAUCUUAUACUUUGUUUUCAGGAAGGCAAAGAACAGGCUCUUUAUUUCGAUGCACAUGUCCUUGAUGCCCAAAGGAGGAGGCAUGAUGUACGGGGUUGCCGAUGUAGGUUCCUAGUUCGUUAUGAUCAUGAUCAAUCUGAGCAGGAGAUUGUACCACUACGGAAGAUUUGCCGUCGACCAGAAACAGAUUAUCGGUUGCAACUCUUGUAUGCAUCGAAGGAGUUGUCUUCUGUUGAUCUAAGGAGCACACCUCAUCUUGGCAAAGAAGCUGCUAUUGUAAACCCCAACCAAGAACUUAAAUCAGCUGAUCAAAAGAUUGGAAAGCAACCACCGUUGGAUCCUAACACCAAUACUGUUAUUGCUUUGGGUGCCUUGACUUCACAGUCAGUGAAUUCUCUUGCCAUGAUUCAGAAAAACCCCUCUGUUAUUCCCGUCAUGGCUAAAGAAGGUUCUGCAACUGCUGCGACUGAGACGGAUCCAGCUGUUAACCCAGUCAACGUUGAGAAAAGCAUGGCAAUUACAGAUGUUAACAUGGGUGCAUUGGCUUCAGCUAGUGGUGAUGCCCAAUAAGGCUGUAUAUGUUUUCUAACCCCUUUUCCUUUUUUUGUAUGGGUGUCUUUAAGUCCACUGUUAUUGCCAAUUUUGAUAUUGUUGUAGAGAAAUAUUUUGACUGUUUUUAUCCAUUUUGGGUAGGUGAAAAUUUUGUUGUAAGAUGGGUUGUGAACCAUGGUAUACCAACCUACCGCUACAGUUGAGCUACGGCUCUGGAUAUAGAAAUAUGUGAGUGGACUUUGUGCUAAAGAAUUUUUGGAAACGUGACUCAACUUUCCUUGUUGAAACUUGGCUGCUUGAGCUUGCAGGAUCCAGACAAAUAUUGUAACUUCAUUUAUUAUAUAUUUGGGUUUAAGCUCGA